AUCAUGUUUCCAAACGCCCCGCCGUACCAUAACUGGCAGGUGGUUUGUUUAUGUUUGGAUGGAAUCGAUCAGCUGUCAGCGAAGCUGUUGCCCAUCAACGCAGCUCCAUCUGUUUUCGUGCGGGGAGCAAAGCGAGCGGUCGGUCCGCUCACAAGCACAUCCCGUGUGCCCGUGGUUGUGCCGUUGCCGGGCAACCGGGCGGACCAAAGCCACCGUGGUGUGAAAAUUACCUUCGCCGCAACAACCGUCUGACAAGCAAGGGGCAAAACGUCAAAAAAAAACACGCACAAAAACGAAAGCUCUGUUCGAUCGCGUUUGUGUGGUUGGUCGCUCUUUUCACCCAACAUUUCCCGUUCCGUUUACCAAAACCCCCGGUGUUCCGGUUUCCCUUUUGGCUGUUUCGGCCAAUUCCAAAUCAAUGUGCAAACCAUUCCGGUAGUGUCCGGGUGCAGCAAACAGCGAAACAAAAUUGUGUGCGCGCGAUGGUGCUGCUGCAGCUGCGUUCCCUCCGCUCGUGGCUUCUUUCGUCCGAGCACAGCUUCCGCGAAACGCUGAACAGCAUCUUUUGGCUGAGCUGCCUGCUCGGGCUCGUGUUCGUGCAGUUCCGGCGCCUGGUCGUGCGACUGUUGCGUCUGGGGCGCGUCAAGGCCCACCGGCAUGGCCCGACCGUGCAGCACCUGUGGAGCAUAUGCUUCUACGCGAGCGCCACCAUCUUCCUGCUGCUCUACCAGGCGCUGCUGAUCCGGCCGGAGGUGAUGCGCGAGACCGGCAAAUACUUCCCCCAGUACAUCAAUGCCAUCUUUGCCACGGCGUGCGACCCGGCCAAGUUCGAGAUCGUGACGGUCGUGCUGGUAUCGUACCGCAUGCUCGCCACGGUCACGCAGCUGUCCCGGGGCGACUACUCGGUCGCGUUUUCCGGUGCGCUCAAUGCCGCCCUGCUGCUGUGCUGCUUCGCGCUGCGGCUCGAAAACUAUAGCAUCCUGCUCAACCUGUACCUGGCGGUGUAUGGCGCGGGCGAGGAAGCGUUCCUGCUGGCCGCCUCCCGGACGGUCCGGCCCCAAUGGUUGACAACGUUUGCGCUGCUCAAGUGUGGCACCUGGAUCUAUCUGUUUCUGAAUCUGUUACCGUUCGAGUUCCUGAUACCGACGCUGUACGCGCGUCGCGAGCUGCUCCCGCUGAAGGUGUGCUACUGGCUGUGGUACUGCUCGUGCGUGUGGAACUCGCCACUGCUGAAGCUGCUGUACCACAAAAUCUACCAUCUGCACCCGCACGACUGUGCCGGCGGCGGGUCCGCCUUCCGCUGCAUACUGUCCGACGACUGGCAAAACUUUCGCCACUUUCGCAACCUCCAACAGGCCUACCUCGAGCUGAAGCUGCAGGAAAGCAAACAGAAAGUUAACAAAGUAACGCUCAGCGACAUGUCCGCAAAGACCGCCUACCAGACGAUCAAGUGUGUGCUCACUUUAAAGCGAAAGCUUAAACGGAUGCGAGAAAACAGGGCGUCGCUGGAGCAUCAGGAAUAGAGGCGUAAGCGUAACCCUUAACCAGGCUAGGGCAGCUAGCGAAGCUCCCAACCAUUAUCCUAAUUCAUGUGAACAUGUGAUCUCGACCGAAAGAACUGUAACUUCAUGUGUGUGUGUGUUUGUUUGUUUGUAUGUUUCAUCCUCCACACCCUUUCCUGUCCCCGAGCGACCAUUAUUUAUGUCCCAUCUCCGUCUCUCUUGUUGCUGUCCCACUUAUCCUCAAAUUUCCAUUCCUGUAACGCAAACCAAGGAACGUAGGUCAUCGAAUAACACGAAACGAAGCUAGCGGCAGACACUAGAAUAACGCAAAUCAUUAAUUUAUCGAUUAGGCGACCGAGCGCGUCUAGUUUUGAAAGCGACUGGCAGGAGAUUAGGGGGGGGGGGGGGGGGUGAGGGGAGAGGAAACCCAAGAUAUAAAUUUCCCAUUUACCAACCGAGCAGGGUAGAGGAGGUGAAAUUUGGCUGUAAAAAAAUAAUUUCUUGUACGCGCGCAGAAGGAUGGCAUAUUGCUAUGUAAAGGGUUUACAAUACAAGGAUUGAUUUGCUCCCCCGCUAAACAAAAAUGUUUGACUGUGUUCUUCUCCAUG